UGCAGCUCCGGAGGCAACAGACAUGGACAAGCUGAGGACUAAAAUUAAACACUUCACCUUUCACAAUGGUAGGAAUGGCAGCCAGGGCUUUAACCGAGUCCUCAUUCAGCUGUUCGGCCUCAUGGGACAUGGUAAGUCCUCCUUCAUCAACAGCUGCUUGUACGUCUGGGAAGAUGGUGGCUACCAGAACUGGGCACAGUCUGCUGUGAAAGAUGGAGGGUGUACGAUGAACAGACUCACCUACCCGCUCACCAGUAACAUCACCCUGGUCGACAACCGAGGUUACGCCAAACUGGGGAGCUACGAAACUGGAGAAAUCUUUGCCCAGCUGGGUAAUUUGCUUCCUUUGGGGAACACAGUGGAAUGGAGCAAAGGAUUUGGACUUAUAGAGAGAAUUGUCCGAGCAGAAACUAAAAUCAAACCUUCUGACUUCAUCGUCCCGGUCUUUGUUUACAGUGUGAAGACAGGCCUCCACCCUCCAGAAGAUGAGGAGAUAAAACAUUUACUACUUAAUGCUGCCAAACUGACUGGCAUCAACCCAAUUGUUGUUCUCACCUAUAAGACAAGUGGAAGCCUGACCAAAACCAUAGGUGCAUUCAGGAACAUUGGAGCAGAGAAGAUAUUUGCUUUUGAAAAUUACACCCAGGAAGACAGUAUGAAGACAAGGGGAAGACACGAGGAAGUCCUGAAUUUUUUAUCUCAAGUUAUUGAAGAGGUAUUAUUCCGAAUUGACCAUUCUCGAGAUCCGAAGCAAGAAAUGAAGGAACGGAAGCAAUUUGUGCUAAACUAUGUCCAUGACCAAGAGAAGAAGCUUCAGCAGGACCAUCUAGACAGGCAGAGGGUGUUGGACAAAGACGUACUCAUGGCACGGUUAAAGAGACAACAAGAGAUGCUGGACAGGCAGAAGGAGAAGGAAAAGAAGGAGAUGGAGGGCGAACUACAAAGGAAACAGGAAGAGCUUGAAAGGAAGAAGCUGGCCUACCAGGCAAAACGUGAGGCCGAACUCAGGGCUCAGACUGCAAACAAUGAAAGGGGGAAGAGGUGGAAUCGUAUAUUUCGUUAGUGACAUUCUACUCAAUCUACUGCAUCAAACAAGUCUCCUCCACCUUUCAUUCAAUUUCUUCCUUUUUGUUUAGACUAGACAUGCUCAACCUGCGGCCCUCUAGCUGUUGGAAAACUACAACUCCCAUAAUUCCCGGACAGCCUACAGCUAUCAGCCUACAGAAGGGCAUGGUGGACGUUGUAGUUUUACAACAGCUGGAGGGCUGUAGGUUGAGCAUCUCUGGUUUAGACUCAUCGAACCAUGAUGAAGCCAAUGCCACUUGUGACUGAAGACGCUGUAAUAUUGACUCCUGGUGCCCACAGGCCUCACAAAACUUAGUCCUCUUAGCAUCCUCAUCUCCAUUGAAAUUUUAACUUUAUCUGUAUUUAAUAAAAAUAAAAAAUAUAUAUAUA